AGUCACUCCAGUCAGUAGUACUCGACAGUACUGUUCUUGUGCUCGAAGAGGACGGUUCACGGUUCGGUACGAUUUGCUCGCGCUGAAGCAUUAGUAGCAGUUCAGUGUUUCUACCUGGAUGAUAUUGUGGCUUUGUGUGAUGUGCUUGCAGUGUCAUCGGAUUAUCAUUCAUUGCCAGCCCAGGCAAAGGGAUUUUGUUGCAUACUGUGAUUGAAAUUACCGUAAAGAUGGUUCCAGUGAAAUGCUUCAGUGGCUAAAAUAAAAAUACAUACUCUUCAGAAAUGUUUGCGGGGUAUCCAAUAUUUGUAAGUGGCUAACAAAUCUCUACCGGAUAUAGAGGGGUGAAAAUUUGUUUCUUUAUGGUUACCACGCCACCACGACUGAUUCUGCAAUACUAUAAAGCCCAGCGAUGUGGACCUCCUUCGUGAUCUUCUCCCGGCCACCUUCGUUGAGGCAUCUUUGCAGGCCCUUUGGCGACAGCAAUCAAUGUUGACCAUCAGCAGCACCAUCACUGUCAGACAGCCAUACAAUGGGCAACAACUGUUGCUGUUGUGCUAGUCGAAGGGCUUCGCCCCCGGAAGUCUACCCUCCUAGUAAAAUGAACUAUGGAAAUGAUGUGAUAAUUCACCAUCCGAUAGCGGAGAACCGCUACAUCCCCGAUCCCAGUCCUGCCACGCAACAUUGCCAUGUGGAGAACUCGAGGCCCCGGACCACCCCUACACGGCCCCCAGUGGCGACGCAGACCACAGGCAACAGGAGGAUAGUUGUUGCUAUGUAUAAUUAUGAAGCUAGGGAUAGCCAGGACGUGUCGUUUAAAAAAGGUGAUCGAAUGGAGAUCAUCGACGAUACAGAAGGUGACUGGCUCAAAGUGAUACAUCUAAUAACAAAAGAAAAAGGAUAUAUUCCUGGAAAUUUUGUAGCACCUGAACUUAGCGUCGAAAGUGAGGAUUGGUUCUUUGAGAAUAUAUCUCGAAAAGAAGCCGAGAAGCUGCUGUUAGCCGAAGAGAACGCCCGUGGCACUUUUCUAGUCCGUCCUUCAGAACACAACCCGAACGGGUACUCGCUGUCAGUGAAAGAUUGGGAGGAGUACCGGGGUUACCACGUCAAGCAUUACAAAAUAAAGCCAUUGGACAAUGGUGGCUUCUAUAUCUCCACCAACAAAACUUUCGACUCUUUAGCUGAGCUGGUCAAUGCCUAUACCAAAAAUGCAUACGGGCUGUGCCACGUCCUUUCCAAACCUUGUAAGAAACCACAACCGACGAUGUGGGACUUGGCGCCUACAUACCGGGAUAAAUGGGAGAUCCCUAGGGAUGAAUUACACCUCAUCAAGCGGCUGGGCCGUGGAAACUUCGGCGAGGUGUAUUAUGGUAAAUGGAAAAACAACAUUGAAGUGGCUGUGAAAACGUUGCGCGAAGGUACUAUGUCCACGUCUGCGUUCCUGCAGGAGGCGGCUAUCAUGAAGAAGUUCCGACACAAACGGUUGGUAGCGCUGUAUGGGGUAUGUAGCGAGCAAGAGCCGAUUUAUAUUGUACAGGAGUACAUGACGAAAGGUAGCUUGCUAGACUUCUUAAGACAAGAUGAAGGCCAGGGUUUGGAAUUCGAAGAACUAGUGUAUAUUGCAUUCCAAGUGGCCAGUGGAAUGGAGUACCUGGAAUCCAAACAACUAAUUCACAGAGACUUAGCUGCAAGAAACGUAUUGAUAGGAGAGAAUAACAUAGCCAAAAUCUGUGACUUUGGUCUUGCUAGGGUCAUAGAAGACAAUGAAUACUGUCCUAAACAAGGAUCCCGGUUCCCAGUCAAAUGGACCGCACCAGAAGCCAUCGUUUAUGGAAGGUUCUCCAUAAAAUCAGACGUAUGGUCAUAUGGUAUCCUCCUGAUGGAACUCUUCACCUAUGGCCAAGUACCUUACCCAGGCAUGCACGGCAGAGAAGUGAUAGAGAUGGUAGAAAAAGGCUACAGGAUGCCGAAGCCCACAUCACACUACCUGCCAGACGAAAUCUACCAAAUAAUGAUCAACUGCUGGGACGCAAACCCGGAAAAACGACCUACAUUCGAGUUUCUCACGCACUAUUUCGAAGGUUUCAACGUGACGUCCGAAGUUCCUUACAGGGAGGUGCCUGAUUAACUAAAGGUGCUCCUGGACUUUGUGUAAAAAGUGACUCGGAAUUACUCAUGCGAAAUAUAGAGCGUCUGCGGAAAAGUGCCGUUAAUGCUGCACUUUUUAUGAGACUUCAUAUUCAUACCUGGGAGUGGUAUCCCAAAACAUUUUUUUCGUGAAUGUAGCCAUUAUUAUUAUUAGUGACAUUAGGUGGUCCGUCAGUAUUUCAUCAUUAUUCGUUUAUUUUUUAACACAGAUUAUGAUUGAAAUGAAGUCGGAAUGUUCGCUAACUGUACGAUCAUCUAGGAUUUCUUUUUUCCUAGCUUUUACAGAAUGUUUCAUCAAUGUUUAGCUAAAUCACACUACAUGGUAGUACUUUUCUUCAGAUUCUUGGGACAUAUAGGUGUCAAAAAGUUCAAGUUUCCAUCAUUACGGCGUCUAUUUUUCGCCUUCUUCGGGACUAUCGAAUGAGACACACAACACGUCCCAAGGGAUCACAUCAUCUCUUAGGUCAGCCAUGCAAAACAGAUAAUGUGAAAAGAUAUAUUGGCUAUUAGAAUUUCUAUGAAGUUUGAGAAAAAAGUGCCUGCAUUAUUUACACUUUUCUGCGGGAUGGCUUUUCUCACUUUAAUGGUGAACUUGCAUUACAUUUGGUAGAUCUCAUUUUUUAGGUUAUGAGCAUGCUUGAUUUCCAAUGGAGUCAAAUUGGGCGAGCUGUCCGUAAAGGCAAAACAUGUAUCCUAUAAAAUUCAAUUAAGUAUGAUCUCGGGUCGGUAGUUGUGUCACAAUUUCUACCUCUAACAAAAAAUACAUAAUCAUACUAAAUUCCAACGAUGUUUACUGCAAGAUAUUUUCAAAAAACUUAUUGGACUAUAAUACCUCAUGCUUGUCUGGACGAAUUAAAACCAUGUAUGUUUAGGUCCUCUUUAUUGAACUACAUUUCGGCCCAACGGGGAUCUUCUUCAACUUCAAUUGACAAGUGUUGACAAAUUUUAUUUAUGUUUUCCAGCUGACACGUCGUUUGUUUUGCAGUUCAUUUUCAUAUUUUUAUAGAGUGUGAUCCUACAAUGGUCUUAAAGGUGCUGUAACAAGCUGAGAUUGCGCGAACGCUGGGAUAAGCAGUCCCUUUCCGAAAAGCGACAAGCUAGCAUGAGGUUAUCUGUCGUUUUUUAAUGUACUUGUCUCGUCACUCUUGUCCAUCGCCCUGAAAACGCCCUCCAAAAACGCGAAAACCCACCCAGAACUGUCGUAACACUGUGGUUGUUAUGCAAUCUUCGACUAAAAUGCUGGAUGUGCAUUGUUUAUGGAUCUGAACUGCGAUCUAAAGUUGAAGAUUGCAUGACAAUUAAACAUUAAUGAUGGCUGGACUAGCCUGAAAUGCAGAGGUGUCCUCCAAGUGGCAUGCUAUGCCCAGGAUUUUACAUGUUCCCAAAUAUACCUGUUCCCGGCUGAGUCUUAGACCCGUCUGUGUGCCAGGUAAUUUCCCCUUGCAGGUGUGCAAUUUGUGUUUACAAUAUACUAACGGCCGACCCAGAAAAUAUUUUGGGGGAGGGUCCCAUCUGACGAAUUUGAAUCAGUAUUUAUGUCCAGGAAGAUUCCCAUAACGGGGGUUUGCAAAUUGAGAAACAGGUUCUAAAUUUUUUUUAACUCGGAUAUUUCGGAAGAUACCCCUUUGGAUUCGCUACUGAUACUAAACUGUGAAACGAACUUCUUCGUAUCCAGAACGGAUGGCCUACAGCAUAUCAUUACGCACAACUCUAUGUUUAUUUGCAAUACGAAUAUCCACGAAAAACAAAUAUUUCCAGAAGAAUCCGGUUAAGUUGUGUAAAACAUUAAUGCAUAUCACUUUGUAUUAUAUUAAUCUCGAGCUGACCCCGUGACCAAAGACGUUAUCCCUAAGAAAUUCCAUAUCAGUAGUUUGCCCUGAACUGAUCAAAAACAAAUCUGUUGUCGAAUUGCUUAAAAUGCAAUUUCAUAGUUUGCUUCAAAAAUGGCAAAAUGAAUAUUUUCGUGUAACUUACGGCAGUAAAAUUUGAUUUGUAUAUUUUGCACUGCAACAGAGUUCUCACUGAUUUGACUCCUCACAUGUUAAUGGUGAUUUUCUUGAGCAACAACGACUCAGAUUUGUCAAGUGGAAUUUUUAUCCAGCGUACAAUGUGGAUAGUUUGAUGUCGAUUUGUGUUUUUUUGUGAUAAUUUAGAUUUUAACAGACUAGUCACACCAAGUGAAGAAGCUUUUUUCUCGGAAUUUUGUAAGCACCGAUUUUAUUUCUAGACCACAAAACAUCACUAUAUUUUUUGUAAUGUAUAUAUUUUAAGUCGAUGAAACACAUCACAUGCACAAGGAGAUACAAAUAACAGUCCGUUUGUCUGAUCACUUACGGUGUUUUCUUGGAAUCAAGCUUUGACAAACGAUUUUUUACUGUUCUUUGAGACUUAACUGGUUUCAUGUAAGUAUCUGUUCUUCACUAGAGCCAACUGUAAAUUAAAUUUCAUCCAAAUACAUAACCUUAACGUGGACCUCAGGUCAAGGUCUCACCAAUGGAAUCCCAAAUAGGGGACAACUCGGAUCACUGUUGUUCCGCAGCCGUGCAUCCGCGUGGAGAUUAGCUUACACCACUUUUCGGUGGUGUAAAAUUCCGAAUUGUGUCCGACAAGAACGUAGGUUGCAGGAGCGUCCAGUCCACGUACUGCCACUUGGGCCGAGUGUACCGGUACCGGGGAGAUGGUGGGAUCGCGUAGGAAACCGUUUUCCUUUUGCUUCCAAAUACAUUGUCAGUGGUCACAGUGUGUAUAAUUAUAUCGUGCGUGCAUAUUUUCCAUAAUAUGGAAAAUUGGAAUAAGCGACAAUUACAUAAUAGCUGUGACUCAUUGGGACACCACAUUAUUAUAUCAUCUUCGCAGGAGUUGUUGGCAUCUUGCAGGUUCUCCUUUGCAGUAAUUUAGUUUGUAUCUUGGUUGAAAUAGAAUCAAAGAAAAUUGGUUCUUGAGGUCUCUGUAUGUAUAGAGAGUAGAUACUGCACUUCCUGCUUAUACUAAGUGACAAAAAAAAACCAGUAAAAAUAAAUAUAUUACAACAAUUUUUUGUAUACGUUUCUUAUGGCGUAAAAAGUAAAAAUGUAAUGAAUUACUAAUUUGUUGGCUUCCACUCCUAAAUCAGAUGAUCAAUUUCCUCUCGAGGUAUCUCAUCCCAGGCUACUUGUAUCUCAUACCGGAGUGCUGCUGGAGGCUGUAGGUGAUGGGGUAAACGAAGCAAUAUUCUUCCAGUAAGAUCCAGACAUGUUCAAUAGAUUUUGGGGCCAAGACAACAGUUCCAUUUCAAAAUCUCUUACCUCCUGGAUGUAACCCACGUCGGUCAUGUUGGCUCUGAUGAAUACCAUUGGUGACCUGCGUUGUAUAAGCAAUAGUCCUCGAUACCAUAAUUUCAAGUGUGGUACACAUUUGUUUCCACCAGUUUUUCUAUAUGGUUGGUAGGUAUCGUUUUUUGUCCUAAGCUAAACAAGCGUUUGUUUGUUAGGUAUAUACCUAUAAAAUCUUUGUAAUGAAUUAUUACUGGGUCUUUUUUUUCUAUGCCAGCAUAUAAAUUGAACAGCAUCCUGAUGUACUACCUCAACUUGCUUCUUUUUUUGACUGCCGACACCAUGAAAAGUAUACGAGGUGUGUUCAAAAAGUAUCGAACCUUUGGUCGGCAUACAUAUAUUUAUCGAUUUGGAGGUCCGAGACUUUAAUCCCCUUCAAAUUAGUCUCCUUGGUGAUGCACACACUUCUCCCAGCGCUUCUGCCAUUUUUUGUGUCUUCUUCUUUUCACAAACUUCAGGAAAAUACCGUAGGUUUAAUUUGCACGAUACUGUCAUAAAUAUUGAUUUUUUUUAUCUAAAAUUGGCUUUGUAUGUACUUAAUCGUAAGAAAUCAGAUGAACUGCUGUAUAAUCUCCCCUUUUUAGUUUUUUAUCAUAAAAAUUACACUUUAAUUAUGCAUGAGUGUUAUCGUGGUGUAUUUAUUCAUUGUGAAUAUUUGAUCAUAUUGCAUUAACUUUUUUGCUACUGGUUUUUUACGGUUUUAUUGAUUUUAAAACAGAAGACUGGUUUAGAGCUUCGAGGCAAAUCUCAAAAGUCUGUUUUUUGCGCAACACAAUGACUUAUCUUUCUUAGUUCGAUGGUGGAGAACAUAUUUUUAACUUCACGAACGUAGUUAGGAUAGUACAAAAGGCUAAACAACAUAAAAAGUGUCCUAUCUCAGAAUUUAACUUUUAUAUAAGACUUUUUGUACUUCUAAAACCUUUUACACUUUUGACGAAAUCUUAUUGGGCUUGGACCAGUACACUUUCAAGAAAAGAUUGUUUUUUGCGUUUUGUUCCUAUAUUGAACAAAUUGUAAUGAAUUAUUGUGUAUAUCUGUGUGUUUUAUAUAUCUAGCUACUCGAGUCACAAGAAAAUAUCAUACGAUUACUGAUAUUAAUUUGAAGACCCCUAUAUUGAAAAUUCAUAUGAUACCAAAGCCUAUUUGACACUGGGAAAAUUGUUAGAUUUGAAGUUACUGGUUUGGAUUUUUUCAGAUAGAAUCACACUUUUAAAAGAUAGUUCUAUGAAACAGCACAAUGUCCAUCAAUUGUUGUUAGGUAAUUGAUGGCUUACUGUCACUGACCAUUUAAUUCAUAUUACCGCUAACUUAGCUAAAUUCAUUUACCUUUUUAGUCUUGGCUGUCAAUGUGUAUGAGAGAAAGAGUUACGCUUGCAACACCUUGCAACACGUUUGAUAGAAAUAUAUAAUAUAAGCGUUGUCACCACGUUUCUCUCUCUCUUUCUCGUACACAUAAAAAAUAGAGCAACUUACGAACAAAAUAAUGUAAUAAUUUUCCAAAGUGAGGUUUUUCGUAGUAUUGCACCAAAGUUCAAAUGGAAAUCAAAAUUUUCUGUAAUUUAUCUAACUUUCAAGCAUUAUGGAAAAAGUAUUGUAGUACGUAUGAUAUUUUAAUCGUGCAAGUUUUGUGCAGUGAUUGUGUACAAACAUAUUAGGCCAAAUGAGAAAAUACCUGCCAAUAAAAUUGCUUUAUUUAUCUUCUGUAUCUCAUUUUGUUAAAAUAUGAAUAGUGGAUGUAGGGUACGUGCGUGUUUGUGUUUAGCCAAUAUUUAAUUAUUUUUGUCCAAUCGUUUUUCUUAGAACCGUCAAGUCAGUACGUUAUUAUAUUUUUAAGCGCAAAGCCAUACUUUAAUUUUUUAUAGGAACAAUAACUUUUGUACAUAUAGUAUUAAAAUAUAAUAAAUAUAUUAUGCUACUCAGAA